AUGCCAUUCAUUCUCAACCAGGUUUGCUUCUCGUUUGUUCUGUUGAUGUCUCUUUCACACGGAGUUUCCAAAUCGCAACCACGCGAUGAUGUCCACUACGAAGAUAAGAUUGGCCAAAUGGAUUUUCCGAAAUUUGGACCUGUCGAUGCCGUUUACACAUGGGUUAACGGGUCAGAUCCUAUAUGGAAUAGCGAGAGGGACUUUUGGUAUCAGCGCUGGAUUCAGGAAUAUGAUGGCCCGGAUCGAAAUAAUCAAAACAGACAGAAGAGUGGCUCCGAUGGUGAUCAUGAUGGUUCUUCCGCCGAGAAUCAUUUUCGAGACAACGACGAGCUCCGAUAUUCACUGCGCUCCAUGGAAAGAUAUGCACCAUGGAUUCGCCAAGUAUAUCUUGUGACGAACGGGCAGGUUCCCUCUUGGUUAGAUCCAAACAAUCCUCGAAUCAAGAUUGUCAAGCACUCGGACAUUUUCCAAAAUUCAUCCCAAUUGCCGGUUUUCUCUUCCACUGCCAUUGAGAGCAAUCUGGACAGGAUACCAGGUCUCAGUGAUGUCUUCCUCUACUUCAAUGACGAUACUUUCCUUGCUGCACCUAUAUGGCCCGAUGAUUUUAUAACACCAUCUGGGGUGCAAACUAUCUACCUGUCCCAUCCUGUUCCAUUAGGUUAUGAUGCAUAUCCGGAGUAUCACCCUGGAGAUACUGGGUUCACUCCAGACAACUCCAAAUUAACCUGUGGCCACGACCUCGAUGAUUUUGGCUUUGUGGAUGACGGCUACGACGGAGUAAAGAUUGAGCAACUAGUAGGGAGAGUAUUUGCUUCCACGUCGUGCGAUGUGGAAGGAGCAGAGAUCCCACAUUCCCUACUUGGUGAAGCUUUGGGGAGUAAUCUUCCAGAUGGACGCGGCCACAUCAAUUUUACCUUACUCUCAACGCACCUGAAUCGCACCUCGAACAAUGUUGAGAUAUCGAACACGACGGCGAGCAUGCCAGUACUGGACACCAAGAAUAGAAUAAAACUUGCGGCACUGCUGGAUGCAUUCUCGCAGUGCCCCGGUCGCGAUCAUUUGGUUGCCAAUGCAAUCAGAUCUGUGAUUAAAGCAUUCAAUGGGCGAUUCAGUCUCUCCAAACACCUCCGGAGAGUCCCCUCGCACAUGCCUCAUAUGAUGAGUAAGCAGAUAUUUACUGAGCUGAAAGGGAUGUUUCCACAAGAGUUCCAGUUGAAUUCAGCCCACCGGUUCCGGCACCCAUCGGACUUACAGGUUAGCUUUGCUUAUUUCAACUAUCUCGUCAACCGACCCAACUUUUUAUCUUCUACCCUGUGCGGCUUGCAGGAUCAAUACCUUGAUAUAAAUCAAAAUUGUUGGCUUGGAGAAGAUAAUAUCCGAACCCUCGAAAGUCUUUUAUACGGAGUAAGCCCACCGGCAGACUUUCAUGACUCCGUCCAAAGGUGCCUUCACAAUGGCUCUCAGUUCACGAACGACCAACAAUCUCCAACCCAAACAAGGCAUACGACUCCCGUUUCUAUCAAAGACGUGGAGCGUUGCAUCGAUAUGUCAGGGUUGCGAUCGCAUCUGCAGAGAAAGAAGGGAUAUAGACUGAGAAUGGGAACCGAUGUGACUUUUCACAUGCUAGGCGACGACUACCAGACCACUAUGGACCAACUGCAAUCGACGAGAGACCGACCAACGAAAUUUAUUUGUCUCAAUGAUGACAUGAACAACCCGCCAAUUGACUUGAGACAUGGUUUCAAGCAUUUGCUCGAAGAGCUGUGGCCCGUGCCUUCAACCUUUGAGUUGCAUGCAAGACGUGUUGAUCAUAAUGAAGGCAUCAAAACAAUGUCGAAUGAGGAUGACACCUCUCCGCGUCUUUUUUUUAUAUUGAUGUUCCUUUCUGGAAGUAUUUUGAUACUGGUGCUCUCCUUGCGAAUUUCGGUGAGUCGGACUAGGCGCAAGACGACCUAA